GGGGCGUGUUUGUGCACUGCUUUACUAUACACACAAUAAUACCAGGAAGGCACUCGUGCUCUCUCUUGGUUGGCUUUUCUACUUAUCACUGUUUAGAGAAAGAAACGUAAAGAAACAAAUCUUCCCUUUCAUUGAUACUCUCAGUCUCAGAGUCCUUUUGUCAAACACGUAGAGAGCAAUUUAAGCUAUUAGCCAAAUUUCAAGUGGAGGAGCAAUGAAAGAGAGAGGCAAAGCAGUGGAGAUGCACAGCGGCGAUUUGUUCUCGGAGUAUAGUUCGUCGUCAGAUCUUCAAUGCAAGAAACACCCGCAAUUGUCUUCAGCGGGUGUUUGCGCUUACUGUCUCGAGGAUCGGUUGAUGAAGUUGCUCUGCUCAAGUUGUGGGGAGCAGCGUCGGUCGUGCUGCUCUUGCUCUUCUGAGGUCUCGUCCAAUCGCAAUUCAAACGCUGUUGAGGUAGGCAGUGUUGGUCGCAUGUCGUUUCUCAUUGAAAAUGAACAAAAAGAUCAAUUAAUCUCGAAACCCAAAACUGGUACUGAUAACAAAACAAAUGAGGUUAUCUUGCUCAAGAGGAGUAGUAGUAGCUGUGUUGAGAUCAAGAGGAAAAGGGGGUUUUGGAGAAUUGGGAGGCUGUUUGGGAAGAAAAGAGAGAAGAAUUGUGAGAGGAAUAGCGUAGGAGGAGGGAUUGAUGAGAAAAGUGACUUGUGGGUUGUCGAUUACAUGGGUGUUUCGAGGUCCAGGUCUCUGUGCAGUUUCAGGGGAGGUGGGUUUUUCGGAUCAGAAGAUGGAGGUGACAUGAUGUCAAUCUCUGGUGCUCGAAGCUCCAUUUCGGCUGCUCGGAGCUCCAUUUCAGCAGCUAGAAGAAGCGGCUUCAGUGAAGGAGAACCAAGAAAGAGUGGAUUCAGUGAAGUAGAGCCAAGAAGAAGUGGAUAUGAUAGUGAAAGGAGAGACAGUACUUACAUGGAGCAUGAAAGUACUGGUCUUAAUGGCGCAACCAGACGCAUAUUUUCACUCAAAGAAGGGAAUUUCACUAGCAUAGAUGGUUCAGGCUUCAUUGACUUGAAAUUUGAUUUCCCAUCAGAAGGAAAAACAGAGUUCCCUGCUUUGAAACAGAGUGUUCAAUUGGAUCCAGACUCUGCUUUUGGUAGUAGCAUGAGAGAAGAUAUCAUCGGUAGGGAAGGUGAUUUCGUAAGAGGAGGUUCAUGUAGAAUCACAGUGAGUGAUAGAGGGAUCAAGAAGAGCAGGAAAAAUUUCAAGAGUUGGAGAUGGAUUUUCAGGCAACAUCCAAGUGCAAGGAAGAAAGAUGAAGAUUUUGUGGUCAAACCAAGUAAAAACCCACAGAAAUGCUAGCUUAGAGCUAUGUUCAUUAGUGAUUGUCUAUCUUCCUUUAUGCAUUUGUUCACAUUUUACCUCAGUCUGGUGUCUAUUUUUAUCAUAAGUUAAUACUGGAAGGGAAGUAUGAAUUAGGGCAAAGAUUUCAAAGACAAAAGGAAGAUGGGCAUGUUUGUAUUUAUCCUUAUUUUGUAGUAAAUAAACCCAAAAAAAAAAAUGUAUUAUCAGGUAAGUGUCUUAAAUCCAACGAACCAGAUACACUUCCUUCUUCAGAUUGAAGUGAGGCCUUCAAAGUUCGCUAUUAAGAAAGGGAAAGAUUAAUUAUUUUGGGAGUGAGUUUUGAUCA